AUGAAUUCGAGCGAGGACGACAGAAUCACCACAUCACGGUCCAGCGCAACCAGCACGCCGGGCAGCACACGCGGAGACGUCCUCUGCCUCCACGCGUUAGGCGACUCUUCCCGCGCCAUGCACACACACCACGUCGCCGUGUCGUACUCCGAUUCUUUCAGCCGAAAGGCCAUAAGAAAGACCUUGAUUGGCAAGAAAUUCAGCUUCAAGGCGCAAGGCAAAUUCCAGGAUCUCGUGUUCACCCGGACCUUCUCGGCCUUCGAUUCGCACAAUGAAGCUGCCGCCAGUACCCCGUUUCGCGGCUUUUACACCCUCUUCUGGCUUGCCGUCUCUCUGUUCAUGUUCAAGACGGCGCUCUACAAUUGGAGCAGGUAUGGAAAUCCGUUAGGAACGAAUGAUAUUAUGAGGAGCAUGUUCUGUCGAGAUGUUUUCAUUCUCUUGCUGUCUGAUGGCGUAAUGUGUGCCCUCACGGCAGUGACCUGGAUAUUACAGAGGCUCGUUGUCGACGACUAUAUCGACUGGAACACCACCGGAUGGCUGCUCCAACACCUCUGGCAAACCGUCUUCAUUGCAGGCGUGGUAGGCCUUACCAUCGCAAGAGACUGGCCUUGGUCUCACACGGUCUUUUUCGUGCUUCACGGCUUGGUACUCCUCAUGAAGCAGCACUCCUAUGCCUUUUACAACGGCCACUUGUCCACGUUGUACCAAGAACGAGAACUCCUGUGUUAUACCCGUGGAAUACUUGACCAGGGUACGCCCGAAGAGGAUUCAUCAUUCGGGUAUUCCACGUCUUUCUCGGGACCUUCCAGCGAUGGAAUCACAGAUGUCGUGGCGACCAGCCACCAUGCAUUCGAAUCUGAACAUGCGCCGGCAGAAGAGACGGCGAUCGAUGAAAUCAUCGAAGAAGUCAAUUCUGAAGUGCCACUUAGUCCAGCGAAGAUUGCUAGCUACAAGGUGAUUCUUGAAGACGAAAUUAGCCAGCUUACCAAGGAGCUGGUGCGCAAUACUACUGCGCCCGAGAGGGCGUAUCCGAACAAUCUCACAAUUUCGAAUUUGUGCGAGUAUCUCGUGUUCCCUACGGUUGUGUACGAGCUCGAAUAUCCCCGCUCUGAGUCGAUCAACUGGGGUUACGUCCUAGAAAAGACCGCAGCCACUCUAGGGGUCCUCUUCGUCAUGAACAUGGUCUCGCAGACCUUUAUAUACCCGGUAGUUAUGAAGGCCGUCUCCAUGAAGGAAAUGGGAAUGCCUCUCACCGAGCGCCUACAAGAGUUUCCCUGGAUGCUGAGCGAGCUCAUCUUCCCGUUCAUGAUGGAAUAUCUCCUCACUUGGUUCCUAAUAUGGGAAACCAUUCUCAACGUUCUCGCCGAGUUAACUCGCUUCGCGGACCGAAGCUUCUACGACGAUUGGUGGAACAGCGUAUCCUGGGACCAGUUUGCGCGAGAUUGGAACAAACCCGUGCACAAUUUCCUCCUCCGACACGUCUACCACAGCGCCAUCUCCUCCAUGAACGUCGACAAACACACCGCCACCCUCAUUACUUUCUUCUUCUCUGCUUGUAUCCAUGAGCUGGUUAUGUGGUGUCUCUUCAAGAAAGUCCGAGGCUACCUUCUUAUCCUCCAGAUGUUCCAGCUGCCUGUAUGUUAA